CCCCUGCGUGAGUUAUAGAGUACGCCGCUGAGUGCUUUGGAAACACACGAUGGAAGGGCGGAAAAGUCUUUGUCUCCUUUGGGUGCUAAUUUCUCCGGGUCGGAUGAGAUCCUGCAGGGCAUGGAGCCUCGCUGCGCUACUGGGUCUAACAGUGCAAGUAGCCGGCUUUGGGGCUUUCCUGAUAAAUGUGGACAUCUCACAUACCGAAAGGGAAUUGAAGCACUUUUGGAAAAGCACAGGAUAUUGUCCUCCUCUGCCACACAGCAAAGCAGAUUUGUUUGAUCUCAGUAAAGACCAAAUAAUUAACCUGGCUUAUAUUUCUUCUGUGCCACACAAUGGCAUUGAGCAAAUUCGAAUCCACUGGCUCCUGGAACUUAUUCAAGUCAGGGAGGCUAACAAGACACUUCAUUAUAAUUUCACCAACCUGGAUAACUUCAUGGAUCUUCUUUGGGAAAACAAACUAUGUCCAGGAUUCGAAUUGAUGGGAAGUCCCUCGGGAUACUUCACUGACUUUGAAGAUAAAAGGCAGGUGAUACAAUGGAAGGAACUGGUUACACAGUUGGCUGAAAGAUAUAUAGAGCGUUAUGGAUUGAAGCAUGUUUCUAAAUGGAAUUUUGAGACUUGGAACGAGCCAGAUCACCAUGACUUUGACAACGUAUCCAUGACAGUUAAUGGAUUUCUCAACUACUAUGAUGCUUGCUCUGAAGGUUUAAGACAAGCCAGUACUCAGCUGAAAUUUGGAGGUCCUGGAGACUCCUUCCACCCAUUCCCAAAGUCCCCCAUGUGCUGGAGCCUCCUCUGUCACUGCCACAAUGGAACUAAUUUCUUCACUGGAGAGACCGGCGUCCGGCUAGACUACAUCACCAUGCAUAAGAAGGGAGCUGGGCGGUCGCUGUACAUCUUAGAACAAGAAACUGAAGCAGUGGGACAGAUCCAGAAGCUCUUUCCUAGGUUCACCUCUGUGCCUGUAUACAACGACGAGGCAGAUCCGCUGGUGGGGUGGUCAGUUCCGCAGCUGUGGAGAGCGGAUGUCACCUAUGCGGCCAUGGUGGCUAAGGUUAUCGCCCAGCACCAAAACCUGCUGCUUGCUCGAGCCAACAACACCGUCAACUACACUUUGCUGAGCAACGACAACGCGUUUCUGAGCUACCACCCCUAUCACUUCAUGCAGAGGACGCUGACGGCGCGCUUUCAGAUGAACAACACCAAACCGCCGCAUGUCCAGAUGGUGAGGAAGCCGGUGCUCACAGUGAUGGGCUUGCUGGCUCUGCUAGGAGAGGAGCAAGUCUCUGCCAACAUCUCCAGCCAGGAAUCGGAAGACUGUGACACUCUUGGAGUACUAGCUAGUGUGCACAGACCUCGAGAGCAGCCACCCGACAGCUGGCAGGCCUCCGUAUUGAUCUAUGCCAGCCAAGACAAUGAGACAUCUUCCAACGUCAGUGCCGUGACUCUAAACAUAACCAAUUACCCCAAACACAAAGGACUUGUGUACAUCACUUACUACUUGGAUAACUACCUGACCAACCCAUAUUUGCAGUGGAAGAAACUGGGAGCUCCAGAUUUUCCUUCCCCGAAGCAACUGGAGCAGAUAAGAGCUGCUGAGGACCCUGUGGUUAAAGGGCCAUUUUCACUCCCAGCAAAAGGCAGCUUGGUGCUGAAACAAGAGCUCCCAUUUCCAUCCAUCUUCCUCGUCCACAUCUGUGCAAAGCCUCUCGCUGCUCCCCAUCAGGUGAAUGGUGUUCGCCUCAUCCAUCUCACAAAUGGACAAGUUUUGGUAGUGUGGGAUGACAGCUGUGUGAAUUCAAAGUGCCUGAAAAAAUUUGAAGUGUUUUUCUCACAGGAUGGAAAAAAAUACCACCAAAUCAGUGUCAAAGACAGUAUAUUUACAGCAUUGGUCUACAGCCCAGAAACAACAGUCGCAGGGUUUUACAAAGUGCGAGCUGUGGAUUACUGGGGCAGAGCGGGGCCGUUUUCUCUCCCGGUGUACUACAAUGAAGCAUCUUAAGAAAGGCCAAGAGCACCUCAAAGGCAAGCCAGAACUUACAGAAUUGGGCUUGCACUUUGUCAGGGUACAAGUCCUUAAAGCAGUGGUUCUUCAACUCAACUUCCAGGGCAUCAGAGGAGAAAUGAGAAGAGCGACCGGAAGCCACUCCAGAGUGCCAAAAGUUUCUUUUUCAAGAGAUAAUUUUGAAAAACAAAGUAGCACCCUAAGGCACCCUAAGGCAGAACUGCCUCCCCCCACAACCCAAGGGACGCCAGCUGCAGAUGUAAGCAUUUGUUCAAGCACCUGCAGUAACUAGUUUUGAGAGUCAAAUGGAUUAGAAAAAAAGAAAAGUGAAUGGGCUGGAACAGGGGUCAGCA